AUGAGCACCAACCAGAGGCAGUAUUCACUUGCAGUAGCACUUUUACCAGAUAAGGAAACAAAAAACAUUGCCUUCAGUGCUGGCAAAUUAUUCUAUUUCAGUCAUUAUCAUGCUUUAAUGUUUUGGAGUAGAUUAUGUCCAUGUGUCCCACCGCCAUUCAAUGUGGGAUUCAGCUGUGAUACUCAAUUAGAAGAAAGAAUAUAUCGCACAGAUUCAGACUGUGUACUUGCUGGUCGUCCUUUAACAGAGUUUGACCUUUAUGCCAGUACAGUUGUGAAUAUGGAGAGUGCAGGAAUAAGGUUAGAGGACCAUCUUGGGCUACCACCAAGUGCUACAGAUACACAUCUAGAGCCAGACUGUAUGAAGGCACUGGAUUUGCCAUUUUCUAUGUUUUCAUAUGAGCAUCUUCAGGGUGUCCGGCAUAGAGACAACUUGACAGCUACUGCAGAAGAUGAUUUGUCUACUGUUGGAGGAGAAACAGAUAUAUCUGUUUGGGGCCAUCGUGUUGCUGUUUCAUUGACAUCUAAUUCUUCAAAUUGGGUUCUUUAUACACUGGCAACUCAGUAUUGGCGUGCUAAAGCUGAUCCAUUUCAAGCAUUGGAAUGUGUCAGAAGAGCUUUGCAUCUGGCUCCAAGAAAUUACCGAUACAUUCCUAAAGUUCAUUUAGGUAACAUCCUGCACCGUUCUCGUCGAUCAGAUGAAGCAGUGUUGGUUCUUCAUGCCGCCAUUGAUCAUUAUCGACAUUCUCCAGUAGCACACAUAACAUUAGGAAAUGUAUAUGCAACUUUAGCCUUUUACAAUGUGUCUGUGUUAUGCUUUGAAAAUGCUCUUUACAUGUCUCCUGGAGACCAAAGUUUGCGACGUAAAAAGCAUGCUGUCCUAUGUCAUUCAAAAUUAGAGGCAGCACUUGAGAGCCAACAUCAGUCUCUCCAACGCACCCUGGGUGAACUUCGGGAUUAUCAGAAACGACAUGAAGAAUGGCUUUCAUUACAGCAAAAAUUGCUGCUUGAACAAGCCACACCAGAAAUGAAGUUAGAAUCCCGUCUUGAAUAUGAAGAGCAAAAAAUUCGUGAAAGUUCAGAUGGGAGAGGACAAGACUGUUUUCAGUAUCAGCAAGAUGGCCACACAUUUUUGAGUUGUAAUAUGAGGAGAGACCAACUUGAAAAUAGAGGUUCCCCUUCAGAAUUGCUUCUGGAUCUACAGAGCUUACUACACACAGUUGAGUCAGAAGCUCUUAGACUUGGCCAGCAUGUCUUGAAGAGGAAGCCUCUCCUUGCUACACAACCCCAAAUAACUCCACUCCAUCCGACAAAGUCAUUCCAAAAUGGAGGGGGAUCUGGACUUCUUGAUAUGACACUAGGUGAAGGGUUUCCAACUCCAGAGCAGUGUGAGCAGGCAUCACCGUUACCUCAGUGGGAUGAUUUUCCAUCGGUAUUUCUUCCUGCAGAAAAUAAGGGAUUUUCGGUUGAUCGGUUUUUAAGUGAUGACAUUGAUGUAGGUUUCAGCGAUGAACACCCUUUGCCCUGGCAUCCUCCAAUCUGUGAGAGACUCUCAGAAACUGUGGCUGGCAUUGAUGACAUUCCAGGGAUCAAGGAACGCCAUACAUUGACAACUCGCAAUCCGGAUCCUCAUGCUAUUCCUUACCUUAUGAAGUAUGGAAAGGUUGAGGCUGAAAUUGGACAGCGCAUUAGCAGUGCCAUGAAAAAGGGUGUUGGACCACAGUGGCUUUUGUAUAAUUUAGCUGGACUCUAUUGGAGGGUUCAUGGUAAUCUGUUUAACGGGAUUGAAUGUCUAAGGAAAAGUAUUUCAACUGCUCCAGAGGAAUGGCGAGAUAUUCCACUUGUUAAUACUGCAUCCCUCCUCUACACUGCUGGGCACAUUGAUGAUGCUCUAACUCUGACACUUCAAGCUAUGCAAGUUGCUGACCAUGAGGUGAGUGAAUGUAAUUUUUUGUAUGUUUUCACUAUUCUUUUAUUUAAUUUUAGAAAAAUAAAGUUCUUAGCUAGUCUAUACGCACAUUUUCACAUUAAUUAG